UCUAGAAAAUAUUUCAAUGCCAGGGAUUGAAGGUAUACCUGGAAUGUUAAAAGGCAUAAUAGACUGUAUUGAAGAUAAACAGGUAAUCUUUGUUGGGAAAGAGGGGAGAAUCGGAACAAGAGAAAGGAACUUGUCAAGUGUAUUAUUGAGGUUUUUUUCUGUUGACGGUUGAUAGCCAUCAUGGUACUGAGGUUUCUUUCAACACACUUCCAACAGGCAUUCAGGAAACCCCAUGCCCCCAACUUUGGCCUCCUCUUUGACAUUGAUGGAGUGAUAGUAAGAGGAAGAGAAGUGCUGCCGUCUUCCAAGGAGGCCAUAAGUUUACUUACAGACCAAAAUACGGGAAAGUUCAAAGUCCCAUGUGUCUUUGUCACAAAUGCUGGAAAUGCGUUACGGUCGGCGAAGGCGGAACAAUUGUCAAAUUGGCUGGGAGUACCAGUAUCCCAGGACCAAGUUGUGAUGUCACACAGCCCUCUAAAACUGUUCAAACAGUUCCACAACAAGACAGUUCUGGUUUCUGGACAAGGUCCAGUGCUGCAAAUUGCCAAGAACUUGGGCUUUACUAAAGUAGUGACCAUUGAAAACUUAAAAAGCACCUUCCCCAUGCUGGACAUGGUGGAUCACACGAGAAGGCGGAGAGAGCCUGGGAAAUAUGAGAAGUUUUUUCCAAAAAUAGAAGCUAUUGUACUAUUUGGAGAGCCAGUAAGGUGGGAGACAAACCUCCAGCUCAUACUAGACCUGCUUUUAACCAAUGGCAAGCCAGACACUGCCCCAGAAUAUAUACCUUACCCUCAUAUACCAUUGUUAGCAUGUAAUAUGGACCUAAUGUGGAUGGCUGAGGCCUGUAUGCCCAGGUUUGGUCAUGGCUGCUUCUUGCACUGUCUAGAAGGGCUGUAUCAUAAAAUCACAGGUCGACACAUCCAGUACACUGCCCUAAUUGGCAAACCAAGCGAGAUUACGUAUCAUCAUGCGGAAUAUGUGAUUAACCAGCAUGCUGAGAGCCUUGGUCUGGAAACACCACUACACCGCCUGUAUGCCAUUGGUGACAAUCCAGAGACGGACAUCUACGGAGCCAACCUGUACAAUCGCUACCUUCGAGACAAGAGAUUUCCCACCUCCAGGAAACAGAAAAUGUCACAGGGAAAAGGGGGCAGCGGCAUCAUGCUAAGUCGAGGAAACGGGGACGGGGACCCUCUGUAUGUGUUAGAGGACGACUGCGAGGUGUUAGACUGUGCUGAUAGCAUUGAAUCCAUACUGGUUCUCACGGGAGUGUACGACAAAUCUCGGGACUACAAACAACAGGGGGGUGACAAGCAUAUAUUUAACCACAAUCACAGGGACUUUACUGUAGAUGAGGAUCUCAAGAUGCCAACGUUCACAGUGAAAAAUGUCUUAGAAGCUGUGAAACUCGUCUAUGAAGAGGAGCAGUUUUAUAGCUGAUGGCAAGAGGGAGUGUAGGAAGUCUAUGUGUCGUGGAAGUGUUGUAGGUUUUACAGGUUUUGGGUACAGUUACAGAUACUGCUGGAUUUGAUAUUGCAGCAUAAUAAAUAUCAGCACAAAUCAGCACCUAUGUUCAAAACCCACAAUUUCAACUUGACAUAGGAUAAGCAUGCACACAAAACAAACCUGCUGGUAAAGAACAACAGUCAGGGGAAUGGGAAUGGUCCAAAUGACUGUACAGAAAUCUCAUAUUUCGUGGAACAAAUGGAAAUGUGGUACAGUUUUGCCUUGAAUUUUCAGUGCCACACUGAGAUCUGCUGUUUUUCUCUAAAACUGUUGCCUACUUGGCUUGUUAAAAACUGGGUACAUAUGGUGUCUACCUGGCCAAAGCCAAGCACCAACCUGGUUGAUGUCAGCUACCUACCUGGAUGAUGCCUACCACCUACCUGGCUGAUGUCAACUACCUUGUACCUGGCUGAUGUCAGCUACCUAACUGGCUGAUGUCAGGCACCUAUCUGACCGAUGCCAAGCACCUACCUGGUUGAUGCCAGCCCUUGCUUGGCUAAUGCAUGGAGCCUACCUGUAGUAUCAGGCACCUGAAUGACUAGUGCUUGGCAUCAUCUUGACUUAUGUUGAAGCCUACUUAGAUAUAGUUAUGUACAUUCUUUGAUUGGCGCCUUCUGUACCAGUGGCAGCUCAUACCACUCUGACCAAGGAAACAGACGAGAUUUUUUCUUUAAUUAUUAUUAUGAGAAAAAUAGGCAAUUCAUAUGAAGAGAAAGAAAAAAUCAUGUGAUGCCAAUUUUGUCUACUCUGCCAGGAUGAGUUAUGUGGUUCUUUUGCACAAAAUGCAGUGGUUGUAAGAAGCUUUUGGCUAUCUUCAGGGCAAAAGUGAAUUGUGUCAUAUUUAUAAGAACUGUAGACCACUAUGUGUGUCUUCGUUGAAGUUUUGUUUUUCAUGAAUAUAUAUUUUAAAAGUAACUUCAAUGUAAAGAGGGUGACUUUAUGAUAUAUAUAUUUGCUUCUGAACCCAAGGCCCCCUCCAUCUUAUGUCACAUUCUCUAAAGUUGAAAGUUUUUUUUUCUUUGAAAAUUCUUCAUUUUCUGCAGGUAUAAGAAACGCACAUAGAAAGAGACGAUGCACACUAAAAAAGAUACAACAAUCUGACAAUGUGUAAAUUUCAUUAAGAUAAGGCUGUUUAUAUAAAAUUAGACAAGUAUUUGAUAUGAUCAGAUGUUAAAACAGUUUGUUUUCUAUUUAUGAUGUAGACAUUACCAUUUUCAGGUGUAUGAUACUUAGAUCUUUUAUGGAGAGUUUGGGAAAGAAACCCAUGUCUCCUGACAGUAGCUUUCUGUUUCAUAAUUGGAAUUGUUACACUAAAAUCAUGAAAUUUGUGAACACAUCAUAACAAGAGCUAAGAUUUUUACAAAUAAUUUUUAAUUUUCAGAAAUUGUUUGUAUUUUGAAAUGUAAUUAUGUUGACUAAGUUUUCUUUGAUUAUAUUAGAACACAAUGUCUAUCCUUUUUUUAACUUCAAAAAAGUAUCACCAUGUUGCUUAGCCGUCGUUACCCUCAUAUUCUAUCAUGUUCCUAACUACUGUUUUAAAUAACUUGAAUGGAUUGUUUCGUCAUCAGUUGAUAUGUCCUUGUAAUUGUGUUUAACUUGUUUUUAAGGUGUUCAGGUGAUCAGUGAUGUAUAUUUUAUUGCCAAUAUUUAUCAUUAACUUAAACAGAUCAUUUGUCUAGUUAUUGGCCGACUUGUAUUGAAAAAAAAACACCUGACAAUACAAACUUAUUAACGAGUUUUUAAAUUGAUACCGAUUAUGUGUGUUCAUUUCUUUAUUUUAGAUUUUAAAGGUAAACAUGUACAUUUUGUACCACCAACACCUGUUGCCUGGAAAGACUUUGUGAGAACUUCAUUCAAAUUUAUUAUCAAAAUCAAGAAAAUGCCAUUUUAGGUACUUAAUUUGGCUGUUUCAGUACAUUUGAAUACAAAUUUGAUUGCAAGUGUGAUUCACUCAUACUCCACAAAAAGCUUUCAAGAAACUGGUUAAUUACAUCACAACAAGUAUGACACAGAGAAUCUAUUUUUAUUUAAUUCUCAACCACAUUAAUACACUUAAUUAAUAGUAUUUGGUGUUUGCUUUUUAUUGCGUUAUGUGUUUAAAAUCAGUCAUCCAGUUUAUGUAUACACUUUUAAGAACUUUUUUCUCCUGAUAACAAGCAAAUAAAGUUCAGGCACAUCCUG